GAGACCAUCUCCAAAAACCUGCAUAAUAGCUAGACACAGAGAGAUGAUGGAACUUAGGGGUGAAAUAUGGGGAGUGGUGCCAUUUGUGGCCAUGGUCGCCAUGGAAGGCACCACUAUUGCAUUAACUAUAAUGGCCAAAACGGCCAUUACUUAUGGAAUGAGCACUUUUGUAUAUGUUGUCUACACAAACGCAGUUGCCUCCAUCAUUCUUCUCCCUUAUUCCUUCAUCUUUCAUUACAACCACAGAGCCGAACCAGAACAAUCUUUGUUUACCUUCCCCAUCCUCAUCCGAAUCUUCCUCUUGGGUUUCACAGGGAUAUGUGUUUCUCAGAACCUUGCAUUUAUGGGCCUAAGCUACAGCUCUCCAAUUGUUGUAUGCGCAAUGGGCCUUAUGAUCCCAGCCAUUUCCUUCGUACUUUCUGUCCUUCUCAGGAGGACAAAGAUUGAGUGGAAUAGUCGGAGCUUCAUUGUGAAAGUAGUUGGCACAAUAAUAUCAAUUGUGGGGGCGACGACCGAGGAGCUCUACUUAGGCCCAGUUGUACGACAACACCAUUAUUCAUCUUCUAAUUUUCGUUUACAAUUCAAACAAAAGCUUUUGGUGUUCACCUCCACCACAGAGCGCUGGAUUUUGGGUGGCCUUUUAUUAGCAGCUGCUUCUUUAUGCAUCUCAUUAUGGAACAUCAUCCAGUUGGGAGUAGUAAAACAAUACUCACAAGUGAUGAAAGUGGCCUCCUUUUAUAGUAUAGUGGGCACAUUUAUGUCCGCAAUAGUGGCUUUCCUUGUAGUGGACGACUCGAGUGCAUGGAGAAUCAAAACCAGCUUUGACCUUUUUCUCAUUAUUGCAACGGGAACUUUUAGCGGUUUAAUCCGAAACCGUGUGCAAAUAUGGUGCAUGCAGAUGAAAGGGCCUUUUUACGUGCCCAUGUUCAAGCCCUUUGGCAUUCUUUUCGCUACCUUCUUCGGUGCCACCUUCUUUGGUGACACUUUUCACUAUGGAAGUGUGAUGGCAGCAUUUAUAGCAGGAAUGGGAUAUUAUACAGUAAUGUGGGGGCAACUUAACGAAGACAAAGGAGUAGGAGAAGAGAAAGAUGACAAGAGCAAUGAUUUGUCUUCGGCCAAAGUUCCACUUCUGGAUGAAGAAUCUAGAGUGUAAAAAUAUCUUAAAAAAAGAAAGAUGAUCAGGAUCAUAUGUUAUUUGAAAUGGAAUCUGGUCAUCAGAAUUAAGCUGCUUUUUGGCUUUCGUGGAAUCUCAAUCUUGGCGUUGAGACCAAUUGUAUAUAUAAUAUUGUGCUGUCUUCAUUAUGGGAUCCUUUUGUUAUGAAUGUAUGAUCCAUCCUUUUUCUCUA